AUGGCAGCUGCCCCAUAUGAGGUGCCAGGUGUGGAUCAAACUCCGAGGACAGUUGUUCUGGAACUGACGCCUGAAGUAGAGAGUGCUGCGGUUGGGACACAGGCCUCAGCUGGAGCAGAAAGCCAGCCUGCAGAAGGGCUAGGUGAAGCUCAUGGCAGCUCCUCAUCUGUGAGGACCGGGCAUGUUUCUACAGUGCCAGAGGGCAAAGGUCCCCUGUACAAGUGUGCAAUCUGCGCGGAAUUUGUCUACGAGUCGCAGCUGGAGUACCAUGUUACCAUUUGCCCAGACCCAAACGACAGUAGCUCCUUACUGUCCACGCCUGGCGCAGAGCAGCCUGUGAUUGCUGAGCCAGAUGCUCCUGCGCAGGAGGAGACUUACGACCUGUACCGCGACGAGGUCUUGCGAGAAAGCCUGGCGGUCAGUGAAGCAUCUCAGCGAAUGUGGGCGCAAUGGUCAAAGGACAGCAAGUUGGCUGAGCACCACAACGUGAUGGUGCAACGUUCCUCACAGAAGCGCAACCAGCUCCUAGACGAGCUGCGAAAAAAAGAGGCAGAGGAGUGCACCUUCCAGCCCAAGACGUUGUCGCGAGGAAGCCCCAGGACGUUUUCUCGCCCGGACACAACAGGUGAAGUAAAGUGGGAGCAGCGCUUGGAUCAGCGAAAGAGAGAUCAGCGUUUAAAGCAGGUGGAGGCACAGCACUAUGCAGAACUCACUUUAAAGCCCAAGAUCAGCCCUUUUGCGCAGGCGUGGAGUCAGAAGCAGGCAGAGGCAGUUCGUGAAAGCCCGAGCACGAACAGUGUGUUCGAACGUCUCUACCAGGCAGCUUUGCAACAGGAGGAGAAGCAAACGGCCGCCAAAAGAGAACGAGACUCCGACCAGGCCGAAUGCCUUUCUCCACCUCCGCCCAUCAGCAACCGCAGCUCGCCUCCACGAAGGAUUCCCACUUCCGAGCUUCUCUACAGCGAUGCUUUAGACCGCCGCGAGAGGCUUCGCAUCAUGACGGAGCAAAUGCAGCUGCGGCGCGAAGAGGAAACAAAGGAGCACUGCGCAGUGCUUUACAAGUCGAGCAGAUUGUACUAUCAGCUCAUCGAGAAGCAAAUCAAGGCAGCGUUCGAUGGAGCAACCAAUGGGCAAGCACAGCUUGCUCAAGCAUCUUUGGAGGACUUCCUGGUGCGCUUCAAAUGCAUGAGGCCAAGGAAGAACGGAGAGGUAGCCGCAGAUGACCUGGAGUCUGCCAGGCUUCAAGCAGCCUUGUGGAGACACUUAGAUCCAAACAAGGUGGGUCAUACAGAUCUGAAAACCGUGACUCUUUUCUUCCACGUGCUGAUGGGCGCAGUUGACGAUGCAGUUCAGAAUGCGGGCAGUGCCAUGGAGGAGCCGGGAGCUUCACCCAGCAAGUCGACUGCAAGUGAAGGUGGGAGUAUCGCCCUGCAAUCCAUCAAUGAAGAGGGCUUUGCAGAGGCAGUUGACAAGGGGGACUCUGUCCUAGCAGCAUUGAGCAAGACCGCCGGAAUUCAGGAAGAUGAAGACCGGCGGCUGGUAGAAUUGCUGCUGCGAUUCGACCCGUUGAGGCUGCGAACCGAGUUCCAGCCACUGUUGCUGCACCGUAUGCACUACCAGGGUAUGGCCGCUCAGGCAGAGCAGGAGCGAUCACCUAGGAAGGAGGAAGGGCCCAACGUGGUCAACCCUGUUAUUGAUGCGCAAUCUCGUUCUCUGGCCGAGAAGUUGCUGGAGAAGCAAAGAAGUGAGUCUGGAAAAGCCACACACGCAGAGCUUCUUUUUUGGCGCCACAAGCAAGUUCAGGCGCGAAAAGAAUCCUUGAGAAAGCAGCUCAGUCAGGAGGAGGAAAAGGGUUGCACCUUCCGACCGAAGUGCAAUCCGUCCAAGCCGAAGGACGGACAUGUCGAGAUACAGACACCGCCGGGCAGCAGCCGAUCAGAGGUUCUGUAUGCUCGAGGUCUUGCUGAUAAAGAACGGCGGAAGGCCAAGGUUCUUGAGAGCGAGAAGGCCAGAAGCACAGCCGAGGCGCGAGGAUGCACAUUCCGACCAAAUCUCUCCAAGAGCGUCAAGAGUUACCACAAGACUCAAAAGACUACGCAGCAGGUGCCUCGAGGCUUCUAUGAAACGCGCCAAAGAAUACGAGCUGCCUAUGAGAUCCGUGAAAAGGUGUUGCAGCAACAGGAGGACCGCAUGGCCAAGAUCGAGCAGACGGUCCCUUACCAGGUGUCUGGGACGACUCCAGCCCCUCUGGUUGGCAAGAGCCCACUUCCAUCCACAGGCUACGUCCGCAUGAUUGAUCCCUCCCCGGCGAAGCCUGCGCCCCAGCUGGCCACGCCUGGCCCGCAAGAGCUACGGACGAUGACGAGACGUCUGCUUUCUGCAGGGAUCGGCGACCAGGCCCAGACACGCACAUCCUUUCAGCAGGAGGGCACACGCACCGAAGCCGAAGGAGGGGGUCUCGAUUCUCAGCCAGCCGCUGGAGAUGAAGGCAAUGCCGAAGGCAAUGCCAGUCCAAAGGAGCGGGCUCAGGAGGAUAUUCCACCAGAUGCGCCGCCCAUGCUUUAUGUGGAUGUGAACAUUACUCAGGGGCAGCCGGCCGAAAGGAUCGUUCUGUAUCAGGGGCAGAACGUUAGUGAAGUGGCUGCCGAAUUUGCGGCCAAGCACGUUCUGACACCAGCCUUGGCACAGAAGCUGCAUACGCUUCUCCGAGAGGUUGUGCUGAAGCAGGAGCUGCAAAAUCAAGCGAG